AGGUACCAUGUGACCAUUCAUCUUAGGAUAGAGGGCAAGUUAGUGAUUUGCUACAAUCAAGGCAGUUCCUCUUCUAAAAAAGGUAUCAUCGAACAUCAUUCCUCUGCAUCAGCUGAUUAAGAAAAAAAGGGACUCUGGUAAAAGAGGCGCAAAAGGGGAGCACUGUUCUUGGGAUUUAUUUGCCACUAAUUGUUGAAGAUUUGAUAGAUCAGGAACAUGGGGUCAAUGGACUUAACACCAUUAAAAUGCCUUAUAAACAGCAUAUCUCGGUUCAUUCAUCUGGUAACAUGUCGUUUGUCAGCUACGAUGCCAGCUGAGAACGAUUACAUAAAUGUAAUUUCCAUGUUGAAGCAUUUGAAACCACUGCUAGAUGACGUUGUUGAUCACAACACUCCUCCCGAUGAAGCUUUUUCCAAAGAAUGCGAAGAGCUGGAUUUAGCUGUAAAUGAGGCUCGAGAAUUUCUUGAGAAAUGGUCUCCAAGAAUGAGCAAGAUACUUUGUGUACUGCAAAGUAAGCCGUUGGUCCUGAAAAUCCAGAUUUGUUCAGUUAAACUAUCUCGCGCUCUAUGCAGACAUUUUGAGUCGUCGCAAAAGACAUCAAGUCUAUCCAAUGCUCGCUUGUGUGCGCAAGAAUGUCAAAAACUUAAGCUCGGCCAGCCACAACUCGUCGAAAACGCCCUUGAAUGCGAAAAAGACGAAAAAACCCCUGACGGCGAGCACCUCAUGCAGAUCAUGCAAAUCCUGAACCUGAGAUCGAGCGAGGAACUUCUGAACGAGUACAUUGCGCUAGAAAAGGAGAGUAAAAAAGCCCACGAAACCGAAACGAAACAAGAUUUGGACCGAAUAUCUCAAACCCUAACCCUUAUGUCACACCUCCGUCAUCACGCAGUCAAGCUCGACAUAUUCAAAGGCCCGAACGGAAUUUCCGUGCCCUCAUACUUCCGCUGCCCGUUGUCCCUACAACUGAUGUCAGAUCCUGUGAUCAUUGCUUCGGGUCAGACUUACGAACGGGCUUCCGUUCAGAAAUGGUUGGACCAUGGGCUCGAGACUUGCCCUCAAACGGGCCACAGGCUCUCCCACCGGAAUCUCACCCCUAACUACACCGUCAAAGCCCUCAUAGCCAACUGGCGCAAUGAAAACGACGUACGAAAAAUCCCCCAAAAUGAGACUGAGAAAUUAUGCUACCAAUCUUCUCCCGAGCACUCGUACGUUCACAGCCGAAGCGAGUCGGCAUCUAGCGCUGUUUCCAGCAUCGACUACACCCCGACAGCCGAGAUCGAGAGUUCAAGGUUGCCGAGCAAAAAUCCGGAUAGUGCAGGCGAUACAAAAUCUCCUUCCGAGUUGACACACGACGAGCUGACCACUGCCUCGCACGUCGAGAAGCUCGUCGAGGGCCUCACGAGCCCUUCGACCGACAAGCAAGCCGCGUGCGCCCGAGAGCUCCGUCUCCUCGCGAGGCACAACCGGGAGAAUCGAGCCAUCAUCGACGAAAACCGGGCCAUCGGCCCGCUCAUCUCCCUCCUCCGAUCCGAAGCCCGGGAAGUGCAGGAGCACGCCGUCACGGCCCUCCUCAACCUCUCGAUCAACGACAACAUCAAAGCCCGGAUCGCUUGCCAAGGUGCUCUCGACCCGCUCAUCCACGUGCUCUCGACCGGAAACUCGAUCGCCCGAGAAAAUGCCGCGGCGACCCUUUUCAGCAUCUCGCUUAUCGAAGAGUACCGAGUGAAGAUCGGGCGGUCGGGGGCCGUUCGGGCGCUGGUGGAGCUUUUGGGGAAUGGGAGCGUCCGGGGGAAGAAGGACGCGGCGACAGCGCUCUUCAACCUUUCGAUAUGCCACGAGAACAAGGCGAGGAUCGUGGCGGCGGGGGCGGUGCGGCACCUGGCCGGGAUGGAAGGGGCGGUGGGGUCGCUGGUGGAGGUGGUGGAGAGCGGGUCCCACAGGGGGAAGGAGAACGCGGCCGCCGUGCUUCUGCAGAUGUGCGUUGGGAGCGCCAAGCACUGUAGGGCCGUGCUGCAGGAAGGGGCCGUGCCGCCGCUCGUCGCGCUGUCACAGUCGGGGACCCCGCGAGCGAAGGAGAAGGCUCAGCAGCUUCUUAGCCAUUUUCGGAACCAACGUGAGAGUGCCCUGGCGAGAGGAAGAUCGUGAAAGGAAAUUAUUUAAGUAUUUUACUCAUUCGUGUCGUUCUUUUUUCCUAUUAUCU